GUAAUACUACUACUACUCCUGCUUCUACUACUAAUAAUAACAGUACUAAAACUAAAACCACCAUCGCCAACCCCGCAAUGGCACUGCACCUGCAUCCAAGCCGAUGACGAUGAUCGCGAUGUCGUGAACUCCACCUCCACCACCCUCGUCGUGUCUACAAUAACAACGCUUCCCUCCACAUCAUGCGCCACUUCGAUCGGCGUGCAAGUGCUGGCUUGUGCAUAUCCUCCUCCUCGCCAAGAGUGUUGAUUGUUGAUGUUGUUGCUGCCGUCGUUAUCGUGGUUAAUUGUUGCUGAGAGCCUGUGAUCGAGUGUGUUGGAUGAUGUGGUAGUGGCGCCAGCUGCAUCACUGCGGCGGCACUCACACACACACCGUAUUGCUGGUGUUUCGGCAUUUAUUGUCCUAGUGGCUGCGUCGCUUGGGCCGUUGGUUGUGUGUGUACAUCCCCUCCAGCCAUGAGGGCGUCCGUUCAUAGACCGCCUACGCCCGAUGCAGACGAAGACAGGGAACCAGAGCCUACUCUUCAGGAAAUUAUAAACAUCAAGUUGAUAGAAAGCGGUGAGAAAGAGAGAUUGAAGGAGUUGUUACGGGAACGACUCAUCGAAUGUGGUUGGAGAGAUGAUCUAAAGGCUCAAUGCAGGGCUUUUACCAGGAAGAAAGGUCGUGCUAAUAUCACCUUGGACGAGCUUGUCCGCUCCAUUACUCCGAAAGGCCGAGCCAUGGUGCCCGAUAACGUGAAGGCGGAAUUGUUGCAGCGUAUCCGAUCAUUCCUGACGACUGAUCCCUCCUGAAGCGGCAAAGCCUUUCCGAUCCUUGAGUUGUCCUCUGUUCGAUUUCUGCACAAGUUGGAGGGGCAGUGAACGCUGUUUCUGUAAUGAAUCCCUUCAGUUGCUCUUGUGUUGCUUCUUGUACAUUAAUGUUGAUGCGAAUCUUUAAUAGGUCGUGCUUUACGCACCUUGGGGAAGAGGAGCAAAGGUUGAUUGGCCUUGUACAGAGUACUUCAAAAUCACUUCAAGAUUUACGGAUGGAUUCUGGCUGUGGAAUUUAUUUGGUUUUGUAAAGGUAGGGUGUUUGGAUUAGUCAAGGUGAAUCAUCGAUUACCUGUUGUGGUAAUGCUACGGUUACUAUUCCACGCUUAAGCUGAUGUGGAUCGAGAACAUUACCAUCCUUGUGUUCAAGUAGAUGCGGAUCAUUGUGUAUUUAUUCAUUUCAAUCUUCGACCAUUGAAGUGAGCAUGUUCAUGAUGGUUCAGGAUUGGAUUGUUUCUUUCAAGGAAUUGUAUAAAAAAUUAUUACACUUCGAUAUUGUAAA